CUUUGUGACAGACGGAAUGUGAACAUUGUCGUAGUCAGAGCCAUGGCUGACAAGAGAAAACUACAAGGUGAGAUCGAUAGAUGUUUGAAAAAAGUAGCUGAAGGUGUAGAACAAUUUGAAGACAUCUGGCAAAAGCUUCACAAUGCAGCCAAUGCCAAUCAGAAGGAAAAAUAUGAGGCUGACCUCAAGAAAGAGAUUAAAAAAUUGCAGCGAUUAAGAGAUCAAAUUAAAACAUGGUUGGCCUCAAACGAGAUCAAAGACAAAAGGCAGCUAGUCGAGAAUCGCAAACUAAUAGAGACGCAAAUGGAGCGUUUCAAGGUGGUAGAACGUGAGACUAAAACAAAAGCCUACUCCAAAGAAGGCUUGGGUUUGGCUCAGAAAGUGGAUCCUGCUCAGAGGGAAAAGGAGGAAACUGGACAGUGGCUAACAAGUACGAUAGACACUUUAAAUAUGCAGGUGGAUCAGUUUGAAAGUGAAGUGGAAUCGCUUUCGGUUCAAACAAGAAAGAAAAAAGGUGAUAAGGAGAAACAGGACAGAAUUGAUGAGCUCAAGCGGCUGAUUGAGAGGCAUAGGUUCCACAUUCGGAUGUUGGAGACCAUAUUGCGAAUGCUGGAUAACGACUCGGUGCCAGUGGACGCGAUCCAAAAGAUCAAGGACGACGUUGACUACUACAUCGAUUCAUCCCAGGAUCCAGAUUUUGAGGAGAACGAGUUCCUGUAUGACGACUUGGACUUGGAAGACAUCCCUGCAGCUUUAGUUGCAACUUCUCCCUCAGGUCAGGGCAACGUGGAAGAUGAGUUGUAUCUCCAUUCCAGCAGCACUCCCACUUCCACCACCUCUUCGUCACCCAUCCCUCCAUCCCCAGCUACAUGCACUGCCGAGAACUCAGAGGACGAUAAGAAAAGGGGACGGUCGACAGACAGUGAAGUUAGUCAGUCACCUGUGAAGAACGGCACCCCAUCCUUGCUUUCUUCUUUCUCUUCCUCUGCCACCUCUGGGUCUUCCUCAUCCUCCUCCCUUGUGUCCAUGGCGAGUGUUGUCGGAGGCAAUAACCCUGUCCCUACCAGCAACAGUCUAAUAGGAAGUUUCAGCAGCGCAGUGCAGCAGCAUCAGCAUCAACCGGCACAGCAGCAGCAGCAACAGUCUCAGCCGCCAAACCAACCGUCGCAGCAGCAACAGCAGCAGCCGCCUCAGACGAAACCCUGUGUCCCGUCAAACAACACCCCCAGUCCACCCAGCAACCCCCUACUCCCGGCCUCCACUGCGCCCUCUCUCCUUACGCCGAGCACGCCCAGUUCGUCCGCCCCCAACUCUCAGUCUCAGACCACACCCGGUCCAACCUCAGUUUCUAGUUUGGGGCUCGGACUGGGCCUGGGGUUGAGUAAAGGAGGCUUGACGGGGACCAGCAGUGCCAGUCAAAUGUCUGCUUUAGGUCUUAGUGGCCAACAUGCGCCUCUCAACACAAUGGCAGGGCUCCUUUCGGGCUCCACUCCUGCCCCUUAUGCUCAGGCAGCAGCAUCGGGCGGGUUGGGUCUGAGCAGCACCACCCAGUCCAGCAUUUCAGUAGAGAGCAGCACUUCCAUCCCCACCUCUGGCUCCAGUGGAGUCACCACCAACGGAGCAGGCACGGGGCUCGGAUUACUUGGCUCCAGUUCGGCUCACAGCGCUCUGAGCGGGAGUAUUCUGGGUCUGGUACCAGGUCAAAGCGUGGCACCUGGUUCCUCACAGAUGCCCCCAAGUACUGUCAGCACUACCUCUGGUGUAGUCGGCAUGAUGGGAGGAAAUGGUGGAAGUGUUGGUGUGGUUGGAGGAGUGGGUGUUAAUGCUGCUCCUGCUCGGCCUCCGAGUGGACUCAAGCAGAACGGAAGCACAAGUUACAGUGCGGUUGUAGCAGAGAGCUCCACAGAAUCAGCUCUAAGUACACCAAACCAGUCACAAAGCAGCCAGCCCUCAUCUCUCAGUUCCUCAACCAGCCAGCCGAUGGACAAUGGCCCUAGUUUAAUCAGUUCCAUCACGCUGCCUCCCAGCUCUCCGUCCCCCUCAUUCUCAGACAGCACACCUGGAGGAGGAAGCCUCCUGAACGGGCCCCACUCCUACACUCAGGCCUCUGAGGGCCUCAAGCCACCUGAGCCUCUGAGUUCUCUGAAAGCGAUGGCUGAAAGAGCCGUACUGGGACCAGGUCUGGAUGGAGAGAUUCCCAACCUCCAUCUGACAGACAGAGACAUCUUCUCCAGUUCGUCUGCGGCGCCGGGCACUCCUGCAGCUCCUCAGCCGUCUGUGUCAGAGGUCAGCAUCCCACCCUCACUGGGAGUCUGUCCUCUGGGCCCAACUCCUCUCCCCAAAGACCAGCUCUACCAGCAGGCCAUGCAGGAGUCUGCUUGGACCCACAUGCCCCACCCCUCAGACUCUGAGAGGAUCAGGCAAUACCUGAUGAGGAACCCGUGUCCGACGUUGCCCUUCCAUCAUCAGGUCCCGCCCCACCACUCUGACUCCAUAGAGUUCUACCAGAGGCUGUCUACUGAAACACUGUUUUUCAUCUUCUACUACCUGGAGGGCACCAAGGCUCAGUAUCUGUCGGCCAAGGCUCUGAAGAAACAAUCGUGGAGGUUUCACACCAAGUACAUGAUGUGGUUCCAGAGACAUGAGGAGCCCAAGACCAUCACUGAUGAGUUUGAACAGGGCACUUACAUUUAUUUCGACUAUGAGAAAUGGGGCCAGAGGAAGAAGGAGGGGUUCACCUUUGAGUAUAGGUACCUGGAAGACCGAGACCUGCAGUGACACACAGGGGGGCGUUUACGAAAAGGACAGGGAGAGACAAAAACGUGCUGCUGUUGACAUUCCGAGACUGAACUCCAAACUGUGGAUAAAAGAUUGUGAUGUGUAGUAGAAGCCCUCCUCUGACCGGGGGGGAGCGGUGUCUGUAUAGGCUGCGUCUCCACGUGAAGCUCCUGCUGCUCCUGCAGCUCUCUGCUCUGGACGAAAACAAACGCCCCGUGGGUCUGAUCUGGAGCAGAGCGCCGCAUGAGCCGCGAGGGUCGUCGGUGGAGAUGUGUGUUUGUGCCUGUCUGUGUGCACACUCAGUAUGUGGCAUUAGAAAAGCCUACCCCACCCCUCCUCCACAACUCCCCCUGCCCCCCCCAAUUCCCCCUCCCCCGUGCAUGUUUCUCAUGUUUUGUUUUGGUUUUUUUUUUUCUCUCCGUUUUAACUCGACUCUCUGUACCACCUGCCCAACUUUAGCCCGGAAGCCUUUGACUUGACACAGAACAAACUUUAAAUGAUUUUAAAAGUUUGUUUGGAAUUUAUUACAUGAAGCACCCGUCUUGUAUUUUCCUGUAAUUUGGUGGUUUAGACUGGGAACACACACAGUGGAUAUUUGGUCAUGACGUGUAGGAACGGCUUCUCCUCAGACCCUGCGAUGCCUGUUGAUUGAACGUGGUCACUAUUAGAGAUAGUGAGCAGUUAUCAAUAGUUUUUAUUGAUAUCGUCUUGGUCGAUUUAAACACUGAUUGAGAGUGACAACAGGGCCUCUCCCUGUGAUAUGGUAAGCGUCUUUUGGACAAGGAUUAAAUUGCUAUGCAAUUGAACUGGUCUCUGACUCCCUCUCUUUACAGAUAGAAUGUGUAACCUGUCAAAGAAAAUGCAUUAUUAUGGCACAUUCAUGUUUGUGACAAAUAUAAUAAACUUGUAAAUUAAAUUUCAAUAUAGGGUUUGCAGAUUCUUACAUCAUGGAGGCCAUAAAAAAAAAACAAAAACAAAAGUGAAUGUAUUUCCACUGCGUUCACUCCACCACUUGAUGUUUAAAUGAUGACGACACACACACAUACUGACUGUUUAUUGUUCAUUACAACCCAACAGUUAAUUUUUGGUGGUUUGUUGAGGCCGACCGUCAGACAGGGAGCGUCUGGUCCGCUGCAGCUGUCCGCGUGCUCUUCCUGGCUGAUGACACGAACUGAUCCUGGUUUUGCUGUGGACCUGACCCUAGAUUCUCAUGGUUUCAGUGAGUUAUAAUAUUUUUGUUUGAUAAGCCAGAGAGUUUUCAGAUGUGUGCCACGGGCAAAACUUUGAUAUUUGUGAUCAGUUUUCAGGGUUUUUUUCCCCCAGUGGGUUGAGGUUAAAGAACAGAAAAAAAAAACAACCAAACGUUAUGAGACAUCUGCCUUUUAUAGAUUCUAUUUUUGGGGGAAAUGGAAGGUCAGUGAGGGAUGCCUAAAUUGUGAAUUUCAAGGCAUUUACAAUUUUUUUUCUCAUCACAUUUCUGCAUGGGAGAUGUUAUCAAUUGGGUUACAACAGGAUUGUAAUAUUUCAAUAAAUGCUUUUAAGAAAGUACA